CACCAUAACAUUCUUAAGGAUUUUCUAGUAAACUCCCCACAAAAUGACCAUCCCCCACUACGGCGUCUGGAUUGCCCAACCAACACGCUACACCGCCCAAACCGAAGAAGAAGAUCCCAAGUCGCCUCACAUCUACCUCUACUUCAAAGACUCCUCUUCCUCCUCUUCCUCAAGCAAAGACUACGAAGCCGCCAUCAACGUCAAAUCCACGGGCAAAGACUCCCGUCUAGUCUACUGGUUCGACCGAAACUUCACACACCCAAUCACCGAACAGCUAUCCACUCUCGACGAGGGUUUCCACCUACUAAAAUCCUAUUCCCAUCGCAGUCGUCGACACCAGGAAUCCUCCUCCAAGCUGCGGGGUCUGGACUUCCUCCGCACCAAGGGUCUGGUGAAUAUCGAGGCGGGCGCUGUUCUGUCGGAGGCUGAUACGGGGCCGCAUAAUGCUGUGCUUGAGGCCUUGGAGCCUAUUUUGAAUGAUGCGAUUGGGAAGAAGGCGACGGUGUAUAUCUUUGGGUCGUCGUAUGGGUCCGGGAUUCAUGAUGUGCAUAUGAAUCAGGGGAGUGCGCCGUCGUAUGAGAAUGGGAUUUAUGAGGACGGGGCGCUGUUGUUUAGCUUUGAGGAUGGGCAUUGGGAGGCGGUGUUUUUGGCGUUUGCGUCGCAGGAGAUUCCUACGGAUGAUAAGGGGGAGGCGGAGGAGGGGAUGUGA